GGCACCCACAAACACCCCGCAGCGGACCGAGUGUGGCCCUUACCUUUGUGUUUUUGUGCCAACGGCGUUAGGUCGUAUACGGAUCCCAGAACUCAGUGAGCCUCAGCGCUGGAAAGUAGAAGCUCGCGAGAUCUCUGCAGUUGCCGAAGAAAAGAGGAGGAGGAGAGGUGAUCUCGCGAAAGAAAAGCUGCCGGGAGAGCUCGCGAGAUCUCAGACCACCGGACCCGAAAGGUUCUUAGGGAGUUGAAGGGCCUGGAGGCGGCCCCGGAAGAAAUGGCGGGAGCUGGGCCGACCAUGCUACUACGAGAGGAGAAUGGCUGUUGCAGCCGGCGUCAAAGCAGCUCCAGCGCUGGGGACUCAGACGGGGAGCGCGAGGACUCGCCGGCUGCGCGCGCCCGACAGCAGCUGCAGGCGCUGCUCAACAAGACUAUGCGCAUUCGCAUGACAGAUGGACGGACGCUGGUCGGCUGCUUCCUCUGCACCGACCGCGACUGCAAUGUUAUCCUAGGCUCGGCGCAGGAGUUCCUCAAGCCGUCGGAUUCCUUCUCUGCUGGGGAACCCCGUGUGUUGGGCUUGGCCAUGGUACCCGGACACCACAUCGUUUCUAUUGAGGUGCAAAGAGAGAGCCUGUCGGGGCCUCCCUAUCUCUAACCAUGAUCGCGCAUGCCUUUUAGACUUCAUUAAACCUGUAACCCAA